AUGUCCAAAUCAGACGUCUCCCUCCCCACCGCGCCCGCGCCAGACGCACCCACCGCAAUCUACAAAGCGUCCUGCCACUGCGGCGCCUUUGCCUACACCAUCACACAAGCCCCUCCCCUGAACGACCCCAGCGCCCAAGUCAUGGAUUGCAACUGCAGCAUCUGCUCGCGCAAUGGCUAUCUAUUCAUCUACACGUCUAACGAUCGCGUCGAGUUUACAAAGGGCGGGAUUGAGCAGUUCAAGACGUAUUCGUUUGCUAGUAAGAAGAUGGCGCAUUACUUCUGCGGCACGUGUGGUGCAAGUUGCAUGGCUCGAUCGGUUGAUCCAAGUUUCUUUCCUGGGAUGACAUGUGUUAAUGUGCGCAUGUUGGAGGGUGUUGAUCUGAAGACGUUGAAUCUCAAGUUUGCGGAUGGCGCGAGUUUUGAUCCUACGAGCGCGUGA